AUGGCGAUGAAUAUUAGAACGACGACAAGAGCGCUGGGGGUCUUGAGACCGCGUAAUACCCAGGCGAUAGUUCUUCCCUCGGUUAGGUCGUACUCUUCCUCGUCCGAGCCCGACUUGAAGGAAACGCUAAAAGAAGUCAUUCCCGCGAAACGGGAACUUCUCAAGAAGGUCAAGGCCAAUGCCGACAAGGUCAUUGGUGAGGUCAAGGUUGAGAACACGAUUGGCGGCAUGAGAGGGCUAAAGGCAAUGGUAUGGGAAGGCUCUGUGUUAGAUGCGAAUGAGGGAAUUCGGUUUCACGGCCGCACCAUAAAGGACUGCCAAAAGGAGCUACCCAAAGGUAGGACGGGUACUGAGAUGCUCCCGGAAGCCAUGUUCUGGCUCCUCUUGACCGGCAAAGUCCCCUCGGUCGGUCAGGUUCGCCAACUAUCGCGUGAACUCGCCGAGCAGGCUCGGCUUCCCGACUUCGUAAACAAGCUGCUUGAUAGCUUCCCUCGGGACUUACACCCCAUGACCCAGUUCGCCAUUGCUGUUAGCGCCCUAAACUACACGUCGAAAUUUGCCAAGGCGUACGAGCAGGGCUUAAAUAAGGCUGACUACUGGGAGCCUACGUUUGACGAUGUAAUUAGUCUGUUGGCCAAAUUACCUACAAUCGCGGCCAAGAUAUAUCAGAAUUCCUAUCGAGAUGGUGGCGCGUUGCCUGGCGACGUCGAUCCCGAACAGGACUGGUCUUAUAACUUCGCAUCCAUGCUGGGCAAGGGUGGGAAAGAGAAUGAGGACUUCCAGGACCUGCUAAGACUGUACCUGGCUCUCCAUGGAGACCACGAAGGCGGAAACGUCUCAGCUCACGCCACUCACCUCGUCGGAAGUGCUCUAAGCGAUCCAUUCCUGAGUUACAGCGCCGGUCUCCAAGGGUUAGCCGGACCUCUACACGGACUCGCGGCGCAGGAGGUUUUACGGUGGAUUCUCCAGAUGAAAGAAAACAUCCCGACAAAUUAUUCCGAAAAAGAUAUCCACGACUAUCUGUGGUCGACGCUUAACAGCGGGCGAGUUAUUCCGGGCUAUGGACAUGCCGUCCUUCGCAAGCCCGACCCCCGCUUCGAAGCCCUCAUGGAUUACGCUGCCAGUCGCCCUGCGAUCGCUAACGACCCUGUAUUCCAGCUCGUGAAGGCCAAUAGCGAAAUCGCUCCCCAGGUUCUGACUAAACACGGAAAGACGAAGAACCCCUAUCCCAACGUCGACUCGAGUAGUGGCGUUUUAUUCCAUCAUUAUGGCUUCCAUGAGACCCUUUAUUACACGGCAACCUUUGGUGUUAGUAGGGGUUUGGGACCAUUGGCUCAGCUCAUUUGGGACCGCGCUCUCGGCCUACCCAUUGAGCGGCCUAAGAGCAUAAAUCUAGAAGGAAUCCUAAAACUGGCGGAAGCUUAA